CCGUGAUUCUCCACCAUGCGGCGUCGACGGAGCCUGCAGCUAUUCGGCUGGCUUCUUCUGGCUGCCAUGGCUACCCUGGUGCUGCUGGGUGCGCCGCCGUGGCCCUCUGGCGUCGACUACUCGUCCUCACCGCCAGUGGAGUUGACGCGUCACCCGUUCUGGACGUACGACCCGGUAUUCCAAGAACCACGCGACCCCCGCCAGCUGUGCUCGCUGCCCGUGGUUCACCCACUUCACCCAAGCGUGUGGCCACACCUCAAGCGUACAGUGCCCAUACAGUGCAAGGUUCGUCAACCGUGGCUUACGUUCGUGGACAUCCGAGGCAACUUGCGCUUCAACCAAAGCUCUGGGUACAAGCUCGAGUCGCUGCGAUGCACGUAUACCCCUGCCGAACGAGACGGUGACGACCGAGUGAAUUACGGAGACCCGGUGCCUUUCACGCGCGAUGGAAUUCCACUUCAGCACGACGUGGUUUACGUCUCGUGCCGGAAUUACUUCGAGAUACCCGUCUACUCCAACGUCCACGCGGUACUGCGAAUUCCAAAGUCGAUGAUGACGUCGCCGACACCCGAAGCACAGAAUCGGCCAAAUGUUCUGGUGUUUGGCCUCGAUUCGAUAUCGAGGUUGUCGAUGAUGCGGUUGCUGCCAAAGACGUACACCUUCCUCACCGAAGUUCUGGGCUCGGUCGUCUUUCGUGGAAUGAACAAGGUGGGCGACAACACUUUUCCUAACCUGGUAGCACUGCUCACUGGCAUGGAGGCCUACACGCAACUGAAGCAUCCAGGAAUGAACGGUGAUACCUUCGAUGACGUCCGGUUUAUCUGGGAUGACUUCAAACACGGCGGCUACCUGACACUUUUCGCCGAAGACUUCCCUGAGUAUGGAGUGUUCAAUUAUCUCGCGCGUGGUUUCAGGGACCCGCCGACUGAUUUUUACUUUCGCCCUUACUGCCUCGCCAUGGAAAGCUCAUUCUUGAUGAAAACAAGCUCGAACCUUUGCUACGGCAACGUUCCCAAGCACAAGCUGCAGAUAGACUACGUGCGACGGUUCAUCGAAGUAAACAACGGGUCGCGGCCCUACUUUGCAUUCUCGUUUCUCGUCGAGAUCAGCCACGAGUACAUGCAGCAGGUCGCAGCGGCUGACGAGGAUAUCUUGCAGUUUCUGACAGAACUACGGGACCGAGGUCAUCUGGAAAACACGUUCCUCUUCUUCCUUUCUGACCACGGUCACAGGUUCGACUCUAUUCGUGAGACCUUCGUUGGUAGGCUAGAGGAGCGGCUUCCUUUCUUCGCCGUGAGGCCACCUUCAAGUUCGUCAUGGCUCAAGCGUUACUCAAGGACGCACCACGGCAGUAUGAUCAGUCACUCCAGAUCUUCACCCAGUUCACUUGUGGAGCCGACAACAGUAACCUCGAAAUCUCUGUUGAAGGCGCUGCAGCUUAACGCUGGUCGUCUAACGACGCCUUACGACACGUACGAGACAUUCAUUGACAUUCUGUCACUGGGAAGGCAUGGAAGAUUGACCGCCAAACCGAGAUCAGACUUUGGCAUAAGCCUCUUUCGCGAUAUACCUCUGAGUCGUUCAUGCGAUCUCGCAAAGAUUCCGGAACAGUACUGCUCAUGCGAUGCCGAGGAACCCAUUGAACUUUCUAAUAAGAUCGUGGAAAAGGCGGCGCUGGCGCUCGUCGACAAGGUGAACAACCUUCUCGAUGUCGGUCUAGGGAACGGUUCAUACCGAUGCGCUCACCUCACCAUUCGCAAGAUUCAAGACGCCCGAGAGGUGUUUAGCAAUGUUGGGAGCCCGCUGUCUUCACCGACGCGCGUGACCGAGUCUUCUAGCCUGGCCAAUACGGUUGGCCAUAACUCUACUGGCAAUGUGGACCGUCACUCGGCCAGCGUACGCAGGAUCCGCGUCACGGUGGUCGUGCACCCCAGCGACGCCAUGUUGGAGGGUCUGCUCCUCGUGCAGGAGGACCAGAGGCUGGUCGUCUUCGACGACGUCAGCCGCAUCAACAAAUACGGACGCCAGUCGUCUUGCAUUGAGCAUCAGACGUUGAGGAAGUAUUGCUACUGCAUUGAAAAUUAGUGAUUUGGCCUCGACAUGGUCACUCUAUAAUGUGGUGUACUUGGUUCUUAGGAAUUAUGGCGCCGUGCUUCGGCAACCUAAACAGCCAAUUAAUUUAUUGUUCGCUGAUUAAUUUUGAACAGUGUGUUACAUUGUUCAUCUUGUUCGUCUUUGUUCGCAGUGUUCUCGAUUUAACAUUAACCUGUCUUGUGUGGGGCAGACUGCAAUAGCGCCUGGCGUGAGUGGUUAGUUCCCCUACUAAUUUGCCUAUCACCUGUUUAGUAAGUUGUGUUCAGUCAUUUUCAGUCAUCACUGAAUCAGCUACCUCGGCGUAAGUAAAUUCUUGAGGGCAGCUUCACUUCAUGGGGUGUUUUCUAAGGAGGUUUCAGUGCAAUGCUGUGUGUUGCAGUGCAGCUUUAGAAAACGCAAAGCCUGCGCGAACCCUUCCAUGUGCAAACACUUAACUUAUCGAAUGAUAUACUUUUAGCGUCGCAAAACUGAACGCAAGUUACGUGUAGUUUUGUCGCUUCCAUGCCUGUUCAAAGAGGAACAUAUAAAUGUGAUCACGAAACAGCUACACACUAAGGUGGUACUGGACAAAGCGAUUACCGGUUGCUCCACAGAUUACGUUCAGCACAAAUGUAGAAUAUGUAAUAAUUUUCUACAAGCACUUCCGUGGGCAGGAUUAAAACAGCCCUUAUGCACGUCAUCAUUGACUUGUAAGCGUUUCAAAAAUUUGACGUCCUGCUACCGUCAAAGCUUUUCUUAGAACGAGCGUAUAACUUAAAGCUAGGUUACCAAGCGCGUUGCUAUGUGCUCGCUAAAGUCGGAAUAAAACAAGUUUUAUUGGAGAAAUAGCUUGUAACAAUAAUUCUUCCAGGUGGCAUAGUUUUUUAAUAUUUGAAGCAACAAUUCGUUGUUUAGCGUUACGACCAUUUACCUUAUAUAAGGAGGUUUUGUUGAUGAAUACAUCUCAAGUGCUGGGGUCCAACACUUGUUGAAACUUUAAUCCUGAAUUCACUAGGGCAAUGGUUCGUGGAAAAGUCCGUAAAGUGAAGGAUCCUGCUCAUAGCGUUGAAGUGUACCGCCGUGAAGAAGUGAAGAAAGCGGUUAUAUGUCAACAAAGUUUUUUUUUCGCACUAACAAAAUAUACACUUGACUACAGACUUCACCGGUGGACUCUAUCUGAACAGUUCUGCCGGAAGAUUCACCUCGCAAGGCUGUUAAGAAAUCUGAGCUUCAUCUCUGGAUUGGUGCCUCCAAGAGUGGAGUGGAGUGCAGUGCAGUGCAACGCAUCACGCGUUUGCGUGCGUGUGUGUCCGUGCGUGAGAUGUCUCAAGGAAUGACAUUGUAGUCCUUUGGUUCUGCGAUCGCUGGCGAUCUCGAACAUAGUUACGACUAUUGUCGGUUCCUCAUGUGUAAUCUUGACUUUUUAUUUAUACGCUGACAGGAAUCAGCAGUUAGGAGUGUUUUGUGUUUUUUCAAUAGGCAGAGGAGCGCGGAUCCCACCAGUUAUCCCAUUUGCGGUGAGGAAUCCUCGUGCAGCGUCGCCAUUUUUUCACACUUUUUUUAACGAGUGAAUGUGCCUCUUUAGGAGAUAGAUUGUUAAAUUUGUUUUGCGAUUUACAGAUUUGCGUUUCUUGUGAAUCUGCCCCAUUGUGCAUGUCGGAACUUCGCCAUCGUUUUUGUUUCCGAGUUGUGUGUUGUAACGAUGCGCUUUGGCGCGAAGCUUUGACGUCAUAACGGUGUGGCGAAGGGACGGUAGCAGCAGACGUCGAUAUAACGCAAUCACGCGACCCUUAUCCCGUUGUGCAGCGCCGACGCAGCCAUGUCUUGCCAAGGCUCACCUGCUAAUUUAAUUUCGCAUAGACAUUUCCGUGAACAUUUGUUUAAACUAGCAGCAGCGUGAAAUCGAAGUUGGUCUCUGCUGUGUCGUCACGUGCCAUCACGUAGAAGUGACGCAGAAAACACACACUAAAAUAGGAGCCCAGUGAAGAGUCGUAAGGAAACACUGUUCUUGUUAUGUUAUUGUUUUGUUUUUCCAACAGUGAAAGUCUCUUCAUCAUUGUGUUUUUUUUUUCUGGCACAGUUCUUGGGUGCCCUCAACGCCUUAAAACCACUGUUACCCGGCA